UUUGACCGCGCAUGCGCCGCAGGAAGUGCUGGUAGCACACUGGUGAAAGUUUGGAUAGCGGAUAUAUGGUUUGUUAAAGACACGCUGUUAUCGGUUAAAAUUUGUGUAGGCGGUGAGUAAAAUGCAGGAACCUGUUGCUGAAUAUUACAACAGUGGAUUUCUAUAGCUGUUUAGAUGACAACGUAGCAGGCAGCUGAUUGACCUGCUUCUCAUCACCAGAGGGAAACCCAGUCACCGAUGCUUUAAUAAAAUGAGACGUGAUGAUAAGAAGGAGGAAUCUGCAGUUUUUCAACGGGUUGUGUUGAAGAACGCCUCCCCGUACCACUACAUGAAGGUCUGCCUUGUGCUGGGGGAUGAGUCUACCAGACUGAGUGCAGUUGAACUGAAGCAUUUCAUCAUCACAGGCCUGAAGAGCCUGCAUGGUGAGGUCGGAGCGGCGUUGCCCUUUGACCUGUUGAAGUAUGAUGAAGACACCCUCACUGCACUUCUGCGUGUUCACAGCAGAGGCUUGGUGAAGCUGUGGAGCUCCCUGACUCUGCUGGGCUCUUACCAGAGCCAGGCCUGUGCCUUCAGAGUGCUACAGGUGUCUCCGUUCCUGCUGGCUCUGACAGGAAACAGUCGAGAGCUGCAGCUGGACGAAGGCAGUGCGUCAUCAUCUUCAGGAUGAGUUUUAUAUGGAGGAGUGUCUUUAACAAACCCCAACUGUGCCUCUCGUCCAUCAUACCAGCUCCUCCCUCCUGCCGGCUGCUGCACAUU